AUGAGUGCUGAUAUCGCGUACCUCACCAGAAUCAACUUACACCUUUUUUUUUCUCCCUCUCUCUCUCUCUCUAGAGCUGUAGGUAAAACUUGCCUGCUGAUCAGUUAUACUACCAAUGCAUUUCCCGGAGAAUAUAUCCCCACUGUCUUUGACAACUAUUCUGCCAAUGUUAUGGUAGAUGGAAAACCGGUGAAUCUGGGCUUAUGGGAUACUGCUGGACAAGAAGAUUAUGACAGAUUACGUCCCCUCUCCUAUCCGCAGACAGUUGGAGAAACGUACGGUAAGGAUAUAACCUCCAGGGGCAAAGACAAGCCGAUUGCCGACGUCUUCUUAAUUUGCUUCUCUCUUGUGAGUCCUGCGUCAUUUGAGAAUGUUCGUGCAAAGUGGUACCCUGAAGUUCGACACCAUUGUCCCAACACUCCCAUCAUCCUGGUGGGGACCAAGCUUGACCUCAGGGAUGAUAAAGACACGAUUGAGAAGCUGAAGGAGAAGAAGCUGACACCCAUCACCUACCCGCAGGGCUUGGCCAUGGCCAAGGAGAUCGGUGCUGUAAAAUACCUGGAGUGCUCAGCUCUCACACAGCGGGGCCUCAAGACAGUGUUCGAUGAAGCUAUCCGCGCCGUCCUCUGCCCGCCGCCCGUCAAGAAGAGGAAGAGAAAAUGCCUGCUGUUGUAAAUGUCUGGGCCUCGCCCUGCGCCCUGGCCCUGCGAACCUUUGUAUGCUUUGCUCAAAAAACGAUGGAGCCUUCGCACUCAAUGCCAAGUUUUUGUUACAAAUUAGCUUUUCCAUAAAACCAUUUUGAACCAAUCAG